CAAAACUCUGCCUCAAAAAACCAAAAAGAAUUAUUACGUUUGUUAUAGAGAUUAAGAGUCAUUUUCCUCUUCCUGGUAUAGGAAAUGGAAAUUAUCAAAUGGAAGUUCCUUUAACCUUUACAGAGGGAGAUUUAUGUUCUGCUUAGAAAAAGGGAGAGCAGUGAACUAAUUGCCUUCAACUCAAAAAAUCCUUAUGUCAAAGGAUAUUUUGAAGUGUCAUACUCUUAUUUUUUUCAGAGAGAAAAGAAAGUUAGAAUAAGAUAUGAGGUUAGUAAUAUUAAUUUUUUUUAGGUGGACCAUAAAUUUGAUUGUAUACUUCUUAUAGGUCAGGGCAAAGAAGUAAAUCCAGCUGCAUCAAAUUAUUUUUAUAAUGAGGCAGCUUAUUAAGAAAUUAAUUGCCAGAUACCUAAAUGUGGAAAAAAUGUCAAUUUAAAGCUUUAUAAUGUUUCCACAAUCUGUUGUCUAGAUGAACUAUUUCAACCUCACAACAACUCUCUGAGGUAGGUGCUGUUCUUUUCUUCAUCUUACAGAAAAAAAACUGGCAUAGAGAGGUUAGACAAUUUCCCUGAGGUCAGUUAGUUAAUUAGUAGUAAAAAUGGGGUUUGAUCCCAGAUAAAAUAGUCUAUACUCUUAACCACUUUGUUACAUGGUAGGAGUUAACUGGAGAAGAGAAUGGGAAAGAUCAUUUCAGGCAGUAGGAACCCAUGUAACGACUAGUGGUUGUGGCUGAACAUUGUGAACGCAGUCUGGAAGACUUGCUUCGAGAAAGGAAACCUGUGAGCUGUUCAACCGUUUUGUGCAUAGCAUUUGAGGUUCUUCAGGGCUUGCAGUAUAUGAACAAACAUGGUAUAGUACACAGGGCAUUGUCUCCUCAUAAUAUCCUGUUGGACCGAAAGGGACACAUUAAAUUGGCUAAAUUUGGACUUUAUCACAUGACAGCUUAUGGUGAUGAUGUUGAUUUCCCAAUAGGAUAUCCCUCAUACUUGGCCCCUGAGGUAAUUGCACAGGGAAUUUUCAAAACCACUGAUCACAUGCCAAGUAAAAAACCAUUGCCUUCUGGCCCCAAAUCAGAUGUAUGGUCCCUUGGAAUCAUUUUAUUUGAGCUCUGUGUGGGAAGAAAAUUAUUUCAGAGCUUGGAUAUUUCCGAAAGACUAAAAUUUUUGCUUACUUUGGAUUGUGUAGAUGACACUUUAAUAGUUCUGGCUGAAGAGCAUGGUUGUCUGGACAUUAUAAAGGAGCUUCCUGAAACUGUGAUAGAUCUUUUGAAGAAAUGUCUCACCUUCCAUCCUUCUAAGAGGCUAACCCCAGAUGAAUUAAUGAAGGACAAAGUUUUCAGUGAGGUGUCACCUUUAUAUACCCACUUUACCAAACCUGCCAGUCUAUUUUCAUCUUCUCUGAGAUGUGCUGAUUUAACUCUGCCUGAGGAUAUCAGUCAGUUGUGUAAAGAUAUAAACAAUGAUUACCUGGCAGAAAGAUCUAUUGAAGAAGUUUAUUACCUUUGGUGUUUGGCUGGAGGUGACUUGGAGAAAGAGCUUGUCAACAAGGAAAUCAUUCGAUCCAAACCACCUAUCUGCACACUCCCCAAUUUUCUCUUUGAGGAUGGCGAAAGCUUUGGACACGGUCGAGAUAGAAGCUCACUUUUAGAUGAUACCACUGUGACAUUGUCAUUAUGCCAGCUAAGAAAUAGAUUGAAAGAUGUUGGUGGAGAAGCAUUUUACCCAUUACUUGAAGAUGACCAGUCUAAUUUACCUCAUUCAAACAGCAAUAAUGAGUUGUCUGCAGCUGCCACUCUCCCUUUAAUCAUCAGAGAGAAGGACACAGAGUACCAACUAAACAGAAUUAUUCUCUUUGACAGGCUGCUAAAGGCUUAUCCAUAUAAAAAAAACCAAAUCUGGAAAGAAGCAAGAGUUGACAUUCCUCCUCUUAUGAGAGGUUUAACCUGGGCUGCUCUUCUGGGAGUUGAGGGAGCUAUUCAUGCCAAGUACGAUGCAAUUGAUAAAGACACUCCAAUUCCUACAGAUAGACAAAUUGAAGUGGAUAUUCCUCGCUGUCAUCAGUACGAUGAACUGUUAUCAUCACCAGAAGGUCAUGCAAAAUUUCGGCGUGUAUUAAAAGCCUGGGUAGUGUCUCAUCCUGAUCUUGUGUAUUGGCAAGGUCUUGACUCACUUUGUGCUCCAUUCCUUUAUCUAAACUUCAAUAAUGAAGCCUUGGCUUAUGCGUGUAUGUCUGCUUUUAUUCCCAAAUACCUGUAUAACUUCUUCUUAAAAGACAACUCCCAUGUAAUACAAGAGUAUCUGACUGUCUUCUCUCAGAUGAUUGCAUUUCAUGAUCCAGAGCUGAGUAAUCAUCUCAAUGACAUUGGCUUCAUUCCAGAUACUUUAAACUGUCUUUGGUUUAAAGGUUGGAUUUUACCAGGGACUCACCCCAUCUACCUAGGGAUUUUUCUGCCUCCUCCUGCUAUCAAUAAUAGUGUGAAUAGUCUUCAGAGACAAUUGUUAAGUCAUAUGGGAUAGGAAGUAAUUCUUUGUGGGUUAGAAAUAUCCAGCACAUGGCAAAUGCUGAGCAUUCCUGACCCCCAGCCACUGAUUGCCAGUAGCAAUCCUCUAAUCAUUGUUACAAAAAAAAAAUCCCUCUACACUCAUUUCUGAAUAAUUAAUUUACAUAUACUUCUUAAUGCCCUCUAUCAUGGUUCUGUCAAUUGUUAAGAAUUUUAGAGCAAACAAAAAGAAACAGGGGAAACAUAUCUUAACCUGAAGAAGAGUCCCAUCUACGACUCUUUUCUUGUCACAGAGAGUGGGCAAAUUAAAAUUAUUUACAAAGCUAAAAUUUUAAUACAAAAAUUGUUUUUUGAAAUCUUUUUUUUUUAAAUUGAGCUGUUUCUCAAGUCUGUGGAUAAUAUAAAAAUCAUGAGGCCAUUUUUAAAUUCAAUUUUGUGAACAGAUUUAAUGUUUUAAUGUAGAGAUUGUUGACAGUGAGUACCUGUGGGAGGAGCAUGAUGAAAUGGAGGACUUUUAAAAACGUGUUUCUAACUAUUAACAUUUUUAGUUGCAUUUUAUUAGUUUAUGUAUAUAGCAUUUUAAAAAAAUUCUGAGUGAUCGUCUUUAAUGUUCUACCUUUAAAAUAAUUAUUGAGGUAAUGUUCUAUGCUUCUAACAACAGUACAGGCUAGAUUCAUCAAGGAGAAGAGUGGGUACUUUGAUAAUGAUUUACCAAACUGAGUUUCCAACUCAAGAACUAAACCUAUCAAAAUAAGCCCUCAUUAAUCUUUCAUCAUUGAAAUUCAGGCUUCCAUUGUAGUAGAGAUUGUGAUUUCUGGGUUUUUUCCAUUUGCUCGGGGUCACAGAGCUCUGAAUACUAAGCACUGCUAAAGCUUGAAUAGUUAGAAAUAUUGUACACUGAUGUGAUGCUUAGAUUAUACAAGUCAAGGUAGUUAUGUGAUUUACAUAUAAGUAGAGUGAAUAGUGUGAUUUGGUAAAAUUGGGGCCAGACUGAUAUUUAUCAUUUUUGUCUUGGUAUAUAUUUCUGCUUUUAAAAAUAUACUAGACUUCAUUUAAAAUGAGAACAGGAAAGUAUGAUUCAUUCUUAAGGGAAUUCUAUUCCUGACAUUCUGUGAAUAGUAUUCAGCUUGCAAAUUAUGAAGAGUUGUCAGGUAACCAUUAAGAGAAAAUGAUAAGGAGUGUAUCAGUACUGUGUGUGCCUUUUCAACCUAGCUAAAGAUAAAGCUAAAGAAUUCCUUGAUAUGCUGGUAAAGCCAUUGUCAUUUAACUGCAAUCUGAAAGGAUGCUUAUACUACUUAAAAGCUUAUCACAAUCAUUUUCAAAUUUUAUAUUCAGCCGAGUUUAAAGUAAUAGAAAAUAUGAAAAGACCACUCUGAAAUAUUUAUGUGUUUGUUCCUUUGUUUGUUCCCGACCUUCAUUAUGUUGUUACAUAAAGAAAGUUUAGAUCUUAGUCUAAAGAGAAUACGGACAAUGAGCUUUUCAGAUUUUAUCAAGAUAUGUAUAAUUACAGGAAAAGCUAGGAAUAUCCAUCUAUUUAGAGUAUCUCAUACUUAGAGUCCCACUAACCAGUUGUAGUCUCUCUGAACAGUCCUGGGAUGUGUCCUCUUGUCUGGUAGCUGCUGUGGUGUCCCCAACAUUAGUACAAACUCCAUUCUGCUGACAUUGGAUCCCUUAAGGCCCUUGAAUACAAAUAGCUUAUUAAAGUCUCUCUCGUAGUGAAGCUUAAUUACUUUUCAGAAAGUGCCCAGA